CAACUUUGCCGGGAGGUCCUGGAGCUCCGCGGUGCUGCUGCACCUACGUGGGACCUGCUCGACGUAGGUCCCAAUUACGGGCGGGACUGUGGGCAUGCCCCGGCGUCUCCGCUCCCGCGCCCUCGGCACCAAAAGGGACUGACCGACGCUACUUGGAUUAAUUUGACCCUCUCCUAGGAGACUUGACGUUGAAUUUCCAUAAACAAAUAAACUAGUUAUUUCUCAUUUGGAGCAAUGCUGAAGUUCCAAGAGGCUGCUAAGUGUGUGAAUGGACCAACAGCCUUUGCUGCUUAUCCAAAGAGCUUGAUUGCAAGAAGAUAUGUAGUUCAACAGAAACUUGGGAGUGGAAGUUUUGGAACUGUCUAUCUGGUCUCAGACAAGAAAGCAAAACAAGGAGAGGAACUAAAGGUACUGAAGGAAAUCUCUGUUGGAGAACUCAAUCCAAAUGAGACUGUGCGGGCCAAUCUGGAGGCCCAGCUCCUUUCCAAGCUGGACCACCCAGCUAUUGUCAAGUUCCAUGCAAGCUUUGUGGAGCAAGAUAAUUUCUGCAUUAUCACAGAGUACUGCGAGGGCCGCGAUCUGGACUGUAAAAUUCAGGAAUAUAAAGAAGCUGGCAAAACCUUUCCGGAAAGUCAGAUAAUAGAAUGGUUUAUCCAGCUCUUGCUAGGAGUUGACUACAUGCAUGAAAGAAGGAUACUUCAUCGAGACUUGAAAUCAAAGAAUAUAUUUCUGAAAAAUAAUUUGCUUAAAAUUGGGGAUUUUGGAGUUUCUCGACUCCUAAUGGGAUCCUGUGAUCUAGCCACCACUUUAACUGGAACUCCCCAUUACAUGAGUCCAGAGGUUCUGAAGCACCAAGGUUACAACACAAAGUCGGACAUCUGGUCUCUGGCAUGCAUUUUAUAUGAGAUGUGCUGCAUGAACCAUGCAUUCACUGGCUCCAAUUUCUUGUCCAUUGUUUUAAAAAUUGUUGAAGGUGACACGCCUUCUCUCCCCAAGAGAUACCCAAGAGAACUCAAUACCAUCAUGGAACGCAUGUUGAACAAGAGUCCUUCAUUGAGACCAUCUGCUAUAGAAAUAUUAAAAAUCCCUUACAUUGAUGAACAACUACAGCACCUGAUGUGUAGAUAUUCGGAGAUGACUCUGGAAGACAAGAAUUUGAAUUGUCAGGAGGAGGCUGCUCAGAUAAUUAAUGCCAUGAAGAAAAAGAUCCACCUGCAGACCCUGCAGGCGCUGUCUGAAGUACAGAAAAUGACACCAAGAGAGAGAAUGCGGCUGAGGAAGCUCCAGGCAGCUGAUGAGAAGGCCAGGAAGCUGAAAAAGUUUGCAGAAGAAAAAUAUGAAGAAAAUAACAAACGAAUGCAAGAGUUGCGAUCUCGGAACUCUGAGCAGCUAACUAUUGCUGUUCUUCACGAAUCUGAUGACCUGACUUCAGAGAACCUGCCUGAGCCUCAGCCCUUUCCUUCCUUGGACCUUGGCCCAUUUGAGUCAAGUAUAGAAGAUGCCAUAGCUGACCGUGGAGACCAUGACAUCCCAGAAGACCCGCUUGUGGCUGAAGAGUAUUAUGCUGAUGCAUUUGAUUCCUGUUCUGAAGAAAGUGAGGAGGAGGAAGAAGAAAUAGUGUUUUCAGGACCGGAGAAAGAGGUCAAGGAUGAAGGACCCCAGCCUGCUUACCGAACAAUCCAACAGGACAGUGAUAUUGAAGCACUGGUCAGGUGUUUGGAACAUGUCCUCAGCUGUACCUCUCCAGACUCGAGGACCAUCCCCAGCACAGCUUCAGACAUGUCCCCGGGACCAACAAUGGUCAACAGCACGGUGGCCGGGACCAAGAUGAAACGCAUAAGGGAGUCAGCCAUGCAGAAGCUGGGAGCAGAAGUGUUUGAGGAGGUCUACAACUACCUCAAGAGAGCAAGGCACCAGAAUGCCAGCGAGGCCGAGAUCCAGGCAGCUCUAGAAAAAGUGGUGCCUCGUGUCAGUGACUGUUUUGAAGUUGACCAGCUCCUGUACUUUGAGGAGCAGUUGCUGAUCACAAUGGGCAAAGGGCCCACACUCCAGAACCCACACCAACAACUGCCAAAAGCGAGCAAGAUCAAGGGGACAGAUCCGUUCAACACAUAGCUGAACCCCGUUAUGGGAAAUGAGUAUGUAGUGGGACUACCGUCUUUACUUUCGAUUCGUUACCAAGAGGAGGGAGUAGUAAACAUACCUGUCCACACCCAGAGCCCUGGGCCAGUCGGGGUUUGGUCUACACUGAGGUAAGCCUGUGGACCCAGUGUGGCCUCCUGAACAGCAUUCCGCACUCGUGCCCUCAGGACUCCCACAGGGUUGGACCACCGUGAUGGAGAACCCAUCUCCUCUUUACCAUUUCCACUUGGAGGACAGGCUGAGGGCCUGUCUGCCUUGAGUCGCUGUGCUCUGUGGCCAGCUGGCUCCUGAAGUCACUGAACACUGGCCUCCGAUACAUGGAGCUGACCAGAAGUCACAAAUAUUUGCCACAGGUGACCUGUUUGAGGUCCACUUUUGCCCUUCCCUGGCUAACAAGCAAGAUGUGUAUAUAUUAAAGACCCAGACUAAAAAUCCAAAAAGCAA